AAGAAUCAAUUGGUUCUGCUUUAGAUGACCCAAGGAUAUGGAUGUUGCCUUCUGGCCGAAAUGCCGCGGAUAUAUAUUUUGAAAAAAUAUCGGAGAACGUUAGUGCGACUAAAAAUAAGAAGAAAUUAACAAUCAUUGAGAAAGCCAUAUUGCGUUAUGGAGCAUCAAACAUAAUUGACUUAUCUGCACACAUGAAGAGUUGGUUUUCCUCCAAUGAUAAGAGAUUUAUGAUGAAAAACUAUGAGUCUAUAUUACGAAUUCCCGAAUUAGCAUUGGAAGAGAGGACAUUUGUUUUGCAAAUCGAAGAUAUGAUACUUAAAGGAGAAGUAAAUCGGGCAAAAAAAUAUUGUUCAGAAAUUCAUUUUAACUCUGAAGAAAACAGUUACUUAUAUAAACUUAGCAAGAUUUAUGGAGAUUU